CUGGCGACGGCCUCCGAAAGCUAUUGGAACUCAGCGUUACAAGGGCACUCCUCAAACCGACGCGCAGCCGUCUCUUAACCAUUCGGCACCAUGGGCAGGGACCGUCGCACUCCCCACCACAGCUCAAGAUGCUGGGAUGCGUCCAGACUGCCCCCCCGUGCAAAUCGCUCGAAGCAAACCACUUCUCUUCCGGGGCCCCGUUUCCCAGCGAAGAGGAGGUGGGCUCUAGACGCCGUGCAGUCCAUCGCCUGCUCCGAACCCUGGGCGCCACGGCACUGCGAGGCCCCAUUGCCACAUCUUCGCAGGGACAGAGCUGGCGACCUCCGGUUCGAGUCAGGUGUCGUGUAGGCUGGAGGAGGAGGGAGGAGGAGGAGGAGGACGAGCAGGAGGAGGAGGAGGAGAAGUUGGCCGCACGAGACCCAGGCACCUACGCGGUUUGCGGGGCGUGCGCUGUGGCACGGACCCGGCGAGCCUGCGGGCUGUGCGCACGCUGGCGGGCACGCGGCUCUCGCCGUCGGCACCUUGCUCCUCCUAAUCGCUCCUCCUCGCUCCUCCUCCUCGCUCCCAGGGCACGAGGCUGGGGCGAGGAAGCGCCGGCUGAAAACUGCGCCACCUAUGGGGCGGCGGGUGAAAGAGACCUCACGCCCAGCCCACUCGCUCCACAUGCGACCGAAGCUGGAGAGAGUGGGAAGCUACAAACCUGCAGGACCCGUGGGCCCGUCGCUCAGCACAGGCCCCUGCGAUCACCUCGCGGGCAUCGCCCGCGGAGCCGAGCGGAGCCUAGUCCCGAGCGGCAGCAGCGACGACUCACGACACGUCGUCCAACGCCUUCUGGAGCAUCUCCAGCAUCUCCUCGUCCGCCCCGACCUCCGUGGCGAUGUCCAGAGGGGUCUUGCCCUCGUUGUUCUGAACCUUCAUGCACUGGUCCCCGCCGUUCUCGACGAUGAGCCAGGCCACGUCCCGCGCCCUGCUCGCCGCUGCCUCGUGCAGCGCGGUGUUCCCCCUCUCGUUGACCGGGUCGCGGUCCGCGCCGCCCCAAAGAAGCAUGGAAGCGACCAGGCGCUUGUUGUGUCUGCCGGCCAGCAUCAGUGGGGUGUUGCCCUGGUCGUCCAAGACGUUGACGUCGGCGCUGCACUCCACGAGCAGGCUGCCCGCGGCCGCCUCUCCGGCCACGGCGGCGUGGUGCAGCGCCGCGAAGCCGCCUGCGUCCUUCGCAUCUAUGUCGAAGUCAUCAGCGUCCAUGAACUCGUUCAUGGCACCGAUGUCGCCAUCCGCGACGGCCUGAAAAAAUGUGGCCAUCCCUGGCCUUGGGCGAUGGGAGAGGUCAACGAAAACGGCCCGGCGCAAGCAGCCCUGGAACCCAGGGGAUGGGCGCGAGAAUGGCAGUGAUGACGGUUUUUCCUGAGGACGGGAUACACGGGCCUCGAGUGAGUCGCGUGAGAAAGGUGGUACCCCUGAGCCAGAAGUUCCUCUAUUAGAAACCCGACCAGGAGGAACACAGUUAAGUUGUAACAAGAAGGAGCGCAACAGUUCAAG